UGAACACUAUGAAUCUAUGAUACAUGAAUAACAUCAGCCUAUAUAGAAGGACCUUGUCCUUGAUAGGAGUAGUUAAUUAAGUAAAUAUGGACCUCAUACGUAGUAUAUUUCUAGAAAUAACCAAAAACCUUGGAUUUUGAGACGACGACUCUUGUUCCUCUAAUAUAACCCCCAAUCUCAUCCAUCUCAUCAAUCUCAAUUCUCAAACAAUAACAAACCAUGCCAACUUCUCCAAAAAUACUUGUACUACUCUUUUCCACCACUAUUUUUCUCUCUCAACAAAUACUAGGUACCUCAUUCUCAUCAUCUUCAACAACUUGUGAUCAUGGUACAGUUAUAUUUUUCUUUCCUUCUUUUAACACAUCAAAUUGUAACCCCGGGGGUGACCUUCUGUGCAUGGGCGUGGUCACCCCCGGGGAAGGCUUCUUAAAUUUGACCACCGUAUCGUCAAAUAGCUCAUCCACCACGGAUUUUAAUUCUAUUGCUAGGGUCUUGUACCGUGACCCGGUUCAAGUUUGGCCGGCUUCUUUUUGUACAAGCUUCUCCUUGAGUAUUUUCUCUCGGUUCAGCCAGGAGUUUUCGGGUGAUGGUAUGGCGUUUCUUAUGACUCAAGAUAAGGAACCUUCUCCUGUUAAAAGCUUUGGCUCUUUUCUUGGUCUCCAGGAUAAAUUGCUUGCAGGUCAUUCCAAGUUCCAACAACUAGCAAUCGAGUUUGACACAUUCAAGAACGAGUGGGACCCAGAUGGUAAUCACAUUGGGAUAAACACAUUAAGUGUAAUGAAUUCCCUAAUUGCAAAGACCCUAAACUCAUCCAACAUUGAACUCAAAAGUGGUAAACAAAUUAGAGUAAAGAUAGAAUACAAUGGGUAUACAAAAGACUUACAAAUAUAUGUAGGUUAUGAAGGAAACCCAUUAAAAAGUUUCCUUAAAUACUCAAUAAAAGUGUCAAAGAAAGUCCCAAGUAAAGUAUACUUAGGUUUUACAGCCUCAACUGGGACACUCACUGAGACUCAUCAAAUACAUGAUUGGGUUUUCACUUCAACCAUGUUGCCUUACUAUACUGUAAAGGAUAACAAGAAGAAAGCCAUCGUUUUGGCAAGUGUUUUACCUGUUGUUGGGGGUUUGAUUGUCUUUGCACUCAUUGCUAUCCCUAUUUUUCGACGAAGGAUGAUCAAGAAGAGGGAAAGGUUUAGGAGGAUGGAAGAGCUUGAAAGGCAGUCUGCUGCCGCGGCUCCUAGGAAGUUUACGUACAAACAGCUUGCUAAGGCUACUAAGAAUUUUAGCAAGGAUAAUUUGUUGGGAACUGGUGGUUUUGGUAGUGUUUAUAAAGGCCAAAUUGUUGAUCCUCCUCAGACUAUUGCUGUUAAGAAGAUUUCAUCUACCUCUCAGCAAGGUGAGAGAGAAUACUUAGCAGAAAUAUGUACCAUUGGGCGACUAAGGCACAGGAACAUAUUACAACUCCAAGGUUGGAGUCAUGAAAAUGACAGUCUUCUUCUAGUAUACGAAUUCAUGGCAAAUAAAAGCCUCAAUGAGUUCCUCUCAGGACGAAAGUUCCUAGACUGGAAGGCAAGGUACAAAGUACUAUCCGGCUUAGCAUCAGCAUUGUUAUACCUCCAUGAAGAAUGUGGUGAUCCAGUGGUUCAUAGAGACGUGAAGCCUAGUAACAUCAUGCUAGACGCGGACUUAAACCCGCGUCUAGGUGAUUUCGGGCUUGCUAGAUUGCUAAGGAACACUACAGGAGUGACCACAAUGGUGGCGGGAACACUAGGGUACAUGGCUCCUGAGGUUAGCUACACCGGAAAGGCAACAACUGAGUCGGAUGUGUAUAGCUUUGGGGUGGUAGCAUUAGAGAUGGUGUGUGGGAAGAGAUUUAGUAACCUCUUAGGGGAAAGUUGCUUGGUGGACUAUGCAUGGGAUAUGCAUGCAAAGGGUACACUAGAAGAAUGUGUGGACCCUAAGUUAGGUGACGACUUUUCCAAAGAUGAAGCCGUAAGGAUUUUAAGUGUGGCGCUUUCAUGCUUGCAUCUGGAGUCGAACUUGAGACCUGAAAUGAGAAAAGUGGUAAUGGUUUUGCUAAAUUCAGAUGAGCCUCUUAUGGAACUUCCUACUACUCGGCCUAAAGGAGUAUAUUUGUCACUAUAUGGAUUUUCGAAUCCACCUACUACUAUCAAUAAUUCUAACCCUAAUACCCCUCUGUUCUCAUGGCCUGAUUACCCUUCUUCUAGUGCCAAUUCCAACUUUCCAGAUGAAUCUUUGGCACGAUGAUGAAUACUUUUUAAAUAAUUUUACUAUAUAUUGAAGAAGUUAUAGUUGCACAAUAGAGUUUUUGUUUCAAAUAUUGUAUAUUAUUUUUAUAUGACCGUAAGAGCACGUAACUCCAAUGAUCAAUCCAUUUUAUAGCUUAUAUUCCGCAUUAGCUUCUUAAGCUACGUCGUAUUA